GCUCCCGUGUCUGUGACAGUCUUCCUGCUCUCACGUGUUUGUCUGUCUGUGUAUAAAAGGGUCCUCUUGUCUCUCUGCUCAUCAUGUCCACUGUGUCCCCAGACAAGCGGAGGAAGAUGGAGUCAGCGCUGAACCAGCUGAAGAAGCACACCGUGGUGGUGGCGGACACCGGAGACUUUAACGCCAUCGACGAGUAUAAGCCUCAAGAUGCCACAACCAACCCAUCUCUUAUCCUGGCUGCUUCCAAGAUGCCAGCCUACCAGCACCUGUUGGAUCAGGCCAUUAAAUACGGCAUCGCCAAUGGCGGAACUGAAGAGGAGCAGGUAGCCAACACCAUGGACAAGCUGUUUGUGAGUUUCGGGCUUGAGAUCCUCAAGAAGGUCCCAGGCAGAGUCUCUACUGAGGUGGAUGCCAGACUAUCUUUUGAUAAAGACGAAAUGAUUGCCAAGGCCCUGAAGCUCAUCGCUCUCUACAAAGAAUCAGGCAUUGCCAAGGAGCGUGUGCUCAUCAAGCUGUCAUCCACAUGGGAAGGAAUCCAGGCCGGCAGGGUCCUCGAGGAGAAGCACGGUAUUCACUGCAACAUGACCCUGCUGUUCUCGUUUGCUCAGGCUGUGGCCUGUGCAGAAGCAAAGGUAACACUCAUAUCACCCUUCGUUGGACGCAUCCUCGACUGGUACAAGGAGAAUACAGGCCGCGCAAGCUACGAGUCACACGAAGACCCAGGUGUGCUGAGUGUGACCAAGAUUUACAACUACUACAAGAAGUUUGGCUACAGCACCGUGGUGAUGGGCGCCUCCUUCAGGAAUACGGGGCAAGUGAAAGCCCUGGCAGGCUGCGAUCUGCUCACCAUCUCCCCUGGGCUGCUAGCAGAGCUCAGCAAGGACCACAGCACCGUCACAGAGAUGCUCAAAGUGGAGACAGCCAAGGCCUGUGAUCUGGAGAAGAUCCACCUGGAUGAGAAGGAUUUCCGCUGGGAGCACAACGAGGACCGCAUGGGCGUGGAGAAACUGUCUGACGGCAUCCGCAAGUUCGCUGCUGACGCCGUCAAGCUGGAGACCAUGAUCAAAGAGAAAAUGCUCAAUGUGAAAAACGGCCAGUAAUGGACAGAUCUGGCGUCUCCGGCCGCAUUCACGGGAAGCAUAAGGAGUAAGCAGGCUGCCUUCUUUGUCUUCAACUACCUGAGAGAAGGUCCAAAGCACUCGAAGGCCUUCCCUCUCCUCAUCUGACCAAACUCCAGGGACCUCCCUCCUGAAUGGACACCUUUCCUCUCUUAGGCUGGGAUUAACUCUGCUUGUUUUCUGACCAAACAUAGAUGAUGACUGAUGCUAAUGUGGGUGUGAAGAGUCUAAUAUUUACUAGAAAUUUGACCAGAAAGGGAAAAACUUAAAAGACAAAUGAGUAAGUUGUUGAGUAAGAUCAUGUGACUACUAGAAAGAACCAUGUGCACUUUUUGCCAGGAAAUUACCUCAAUUUUUUUUAUCGACACCAUUUGAACAGGGUUGAGGGCAGAACUUGAUCAGGACCAACAUUGUACCAUCAUUCCUCAGAAUAUAAUCUUUUGCUCUUUCAAUAAAUAAAAAUCUCAGUCAUGA